UGUGCUAAGUAAUCAAUGUCAUCAAAGUGCAAAUCUAAGCCGGUAUCAGUCGGACAUAUACGCUAAGGCUGAAUAGAUUUUUUUUUUUGAAACUUAGUUCAUUCAAAAUAUCCCAUGAAAUAGAAACUGAAGAGAAAGAAGUGAAAAAAAGUGCAGAAAUCUCUAUUUGUGGAAAUAUUAAAUUAAUAUAUCAAAAAGUGUUCAUAAAGAUUUACUCAAAUAAAAAUCUUUGCAAUGGAUAUUUCUAAACGACAACAGCCCAAAAACAGCAGUUCAUCACGGAUACCAGAUGUUCAUGAUUCUGUUUAUCUCGAAGCCUAUAACGAAUCAAUUAAGAACCCUGAGGAAUUUUGGGGUGAAGCAGCUAAAGCCUUGGAUUGGCACAAGGAAUGGGACAAAGUGUUGGAUAACAGUAAUCCACCAUACACAAAAUGGUACACUGGUGGCUACAUAAAUGCAUGUUACAAUGCUGUAGAUAGACAUUUGGCUGAUGGUCGUGGUAAUCAAGUGGCACUUAUUCAUGAUAGUCCACUUACAAACACCAUCAGGCAGGUUACUUAUCAAGAAUUGUACGAUGAGAUAACUUUGCUGGCCGGAGGAAUGCAUAAGUUGGGUGUAAAUAAAGGUGAUAGAGUUGUUAUUUAUAUGCCGUUGAUUCCUGAAGCUAUAAUUGCAAUGCUGGCUACUGCACGUCUUGGAGCUGUUCAUUCAGUUGUGUUUGGCGGAUUCGCUGCAAGUGAACUAUGUUCUCGUAUCGAACAUGCUGAGCCCAAGCUCAUAAUAACAUCCAACUGUGGAGUGGAACCGGGAAAAAUAAUUCAAUAUUUGGACAUUCUACACAAUGCUGUAAAUUUGUCUAAAUGGAAGCCUUUGUGCAAUAUUGUCUUUCAAAGAGACAACGUUGCUUUCACUGUUAUUAACAGCAAAACAGACAUUCUUUGGACAACAGUUCAAAAUCUAGCCGAUCCAAUUGACUGUGUACCGGUUGAGGCAAAUGAUCCUCUCUACAUCCUCUACACGUCCGGUACUACCGAUAAACCCAAAGGUGUUCAACGACCUAUCGGAGGACAUCUGGUUGCUUUAGUGUACACCAUGAAGAAACUCUAUGGUCUCCAGCCUGGGGAUACAUGCUGGUCUGCAUCUGAUCUCGGUUGGGUAGUUGGACACUCCUACAUCUGCUAUGGACCACUUUUGUGUGGUGUGACGGGUGUGAUGUAUGAGGGAAAACCUGAUCGUACCCCAGAUCCAGGUCAAUAUUUUCGAAUUAUUGAACAGCACAAAGUGAACGCUUUGAUGUCAGUGCCAACGGCUUUUCGAGUUAUACGUCGUGCAGAUCCGGAAAUAAAAUACGGUCGCAAAUAUAAUUUAAAGUCAUUGCGAGCAAUUUUCAUAGCUGGCGAGCAUUGUGAUAUGGAAACUAAGAACUGGAUGGAAAAAAUUUUCAAAGUUCCUAUUUUAAAUAAUUGGUGGCAAACUGAAACUGGUUCAGCAAUAACAGCGACCUGCAUGGAUUUUGGUCAUAAUCUCAAUCCACCAAAGUAUACAACUGGAUUGCCAUUUGUUGGAUACGAUAUUCGUAUUUUGGAACCUAAUGGCACAGAGUGUAAACCAAUGCAAUUGGGCAGAAUUGCACUGAAAUUGCCUCUUCCACCGGGUAAUAUGUCGACGUUGUAUAAGAAUGGGCCACUGUUUGAGGAUAUAUAUUUCAAAAAGUUUCCGAAUUUCUACGAUACCAUGGAUGCUGGUUAUAUAGACGAAAAUGGAUACGUCUACGUAACUGCUCGUGACGAUGAUGUCAUUAAUGUUGCUGGUCAUCGAAUUUCUACAUCAAGUUUAGAAGACGCUGUUCUACGUCAUUCAGAUAUAGCCGAUGCUGCUGUGUUUGGAGUCCCUGAAAAUACAAAAGGUCAAGUGCCACUGUGUUUGUACAUUACAAAAGAUGGCACUACAAAAUCCCGUGCAAAGAUUUGUGGUGAAAUAAUAUCUAUCAUACGAGAAGUCAUUGGACCUAUUGCCUCAUUUAGGCUUGUUGCUCCAGUGAAUGCAUUGCCAAGGACACGUUCUGGAAAAACAAUGCGAAAAGCAAUGGCUGAUUUUGCGAAAAAUCAGUUAGUUGUAUUACCAGCGACUAUUGAAGAUCCAACGGUUUUUGUAGAUGUUCGUCGGGCCUUACAGGAACUUGGUUAUGCUAUGAACACACCAGAACCCGUUGUAUCAAGUGAAACAUAGAAAUUUGUUUGAAUGUUUUGUUUAUUUUUAUUUAUAAUUCUAAUAUUUUCUGUAUGUCGUCAAUAGGUUGCAUUUAUUUUGACUUUUAGUUUAUAUUAGACAAAUUUUAAAAUUUAAUAGAAAUUUAAUUAGUAAACAAAAAAAAAAUCAUUUAUAGAUAGAACUAAAAGUUGAAUAUUAGGUGUUUUUUUUUAUUUUCUUGCAAAGUUCUUCCGCAACGCAAUCGGGUCCCGAAAAAAUCAUACCCGCUGUAUUGUUUUCAAAAUUUUUCCCUCCAGAAGGAAGGAAUGGGCUCCGGCUUCUAUGAGAAAGGACUCUUUACGGUUUAUUCCUAAAUAAAAACGACGAUUUUCUUGGAGGUCUGGUUGAAAAAUUA